AUGCCAUAUUCAUCAACUGUACGAUUGAAUUAUUCAUCAGAAUUGACUAAGAAUAGUCAAACAUAUUCUCGAGAUUGUCGAAAAUCGAAUUAUUACUAUCAAACUAUACGGAUGCAAGUAGUGGAAACUGGAUACUUUGCUCUGAGUAGUACUAGCAGUAUGGAUACGUUUGGUGAUAUUUACAAAGAUGAUUUUAAUCCAAUGAAUCCUUUCGAGAAUCUACUCUCACAAGAUUAUCAAACCUGUGUUUAUCCAGAUUUCAAGUUUAUUGCUUAUCUUCACAUUGACACUACAUACAUAUUAGUGGUGACAACAUCUUCUCCAAAUAAGACAGGAAACUUUUCCAUUCUGACAUCUGGUCCAAAUAAUAUCACUCUUAAUCAUUACAAUCAAAAGACUUGUUCUCUUGGAACAUCGGUUUGGUGUUGUCUUGCAAUAUCAUAUGUCGAAUGUGGAGCUAAGGUGAAUGUCUGUGAUUAUCGACCUAUACCAACCAUUCCUACAAUGAUAUUUCAUUUUACCAAACCAUAUUUUCCCAUUAAACCAGUAACUGAAAAAUCUAUACUCCCACGCGGUUUAGAAAUAUUUUUGUAUAUUGUCGCAGCGUGUUAUCUUUACAUUCAUUUGUUAUUUUUAAUCGGUUAUACAUGCUGGAGAUGUUUUCGAGGCGUUUCUAACAUUUUUAGAAAUAAUCAACAACACACGAAAGGACAAUCAAAACUGAAUGUUUCUACACAAAAUGAUAAGGAACUAUCGGUAUCAACAAUUUCUAUUCUAUUCGAAGCACUUCCACCUUCAUACAAUAUUGCUAUUGAUAAUCAUCUUCCACAAGUUUUACUUCCAUCUUACGACAUUGCAAUUACUCAUUUACAAUCUGUCGAUAAACAAUCGCAAUUAACUACUACAACAACAGCGACUGAGGACUUGAUUUUACGUGUCUAA